AUGUUGAAUCAAACCUCAGUCACUGAGUUUAUUCUCCUGGGAGUGACAGACAUCCAAGAGCCACAGCCUCUUCUCUUUGCUGUUUUCCUCACUGUCUACUUUGUCAAUGUGUCUGGGAAUGGAGCCAUCCUGACAAUUGUCAUCUCUGAUCCAAGACUCCACUUACCAAUGUAUUUCUUUCUGGGAAACCUGGCAUGUCUAGAUAUCUGCUACUCUACAGUGACACUGCCAAAUAUGCUAGAGAACUUAAUCUCCACAAACAAAGCAAUUUCUUUCUUGGGAUGCAUAACCCAGCUACAUUUCUUCCACUUCUUGGGUACCACAGAGUCUCUGUUGCUGGCAGUGAUGGCAUUUGACCGCUUUGUGGCUAUCUGCAAACCACUUCAUUACACUGUCAUCAUGAAUCCUCAGCUCUGUACCCUGAUGGCUGUCACUGCCUGGACCAUUGCUUUUUUCCAUGCCCUUCUACACUCCAUAAUGACAUCUCAUUUGAACUUCUGUGGUCCCAACCAUAUCCAUCACUUCUUCUGUGAUGUUAAACCAUUGCUGGAGCUGGCCUGUGAAAACACUGAGCUCAACCAGCAGCUGCUCAAUACUGUCACAGGGACCAUUGCCACUGUCCCCUUCUUUCUCACACUUCUCUCAUAUUUCUACAUAAUCACCUAUCUCCUCCUUAAGACCCAUGCCUGCAGCAUGCUUCAGAAAGCACUGUCCACUUGUGCCUCCCACUUCAUAGUGGUUAUUCUUUUCUUUGGUCCUGUUCUCAUCACCUACAUCCGCCCUGCACCAGGCAACUCCAUGGACCAAGACCGCAUCAUUGCUAUCAUGUACAGUGUGGUGACCCCUGUACUAAAUCCAAUGAUCUAUACUUUGAGGAAUAAGGAAGUAAAGGAUGCCUUGAAUAGGAUGAUCAGAAGGAAGCUCUGA